AUGGUUAAUGAAAAUACAAUAAAACGUUUAGUUUCAUUUAUUAAUAAUCUUGAAGAAAAAUUAACAUCAGUUCAAUCAAUUCAUGAUAAAUUACAAGAAUUAAUGACAAUUGUAUCAACGACACAUGAAAAUAUUGUUGAUGAAUUAUCAAAUAUUAAAAAUGUUUUAAAUGAAAUAACAAAUGAUCAACAAGAUAACAAAAAAUUAGAUAAUUAUGAUGAGAAACCAAAUCAAUCGAAAUUAUUUCAUGAUGAAAAACAUUCUCCAAUAAAUCAUGAAAAUAACGAUUCAUCAUUAAAUUCUUCAUCAUUAAUAAGUGAAAAUAGUUCAUAUUCAAAAAAAAUGAAUCCAUCAUCAAGAUUAAAAUUAUCAAAAUCAGUUAGUUUUAGUCUCGAUAAAAAUAUUCUUAAUCAACGAUUAUCAAGAGAACCAAAAAGUGAAAUAUUUGAUGAAAUCUCAGUACCAAUAUUUCCUUCAUCUUCUGAUCUAUUAAAACAUAAUCAAAUGGAAAUUUCACCAGUUGUUGGAAAAAUCUUAACAAAUAUUCGUAUUCAUGAAAUUGAACCAAAAAAUGGUGAUUAUCUUCGUUUAUUAAAUAUAUCAAAUUCUGAUCAAUAUGAUUUGAGCGGACAUUUUUUACAACAAAAUACAGCAUCAAAACCUCUUCAUCGUUUUCGAUUUCCAUUUAAUACAAUUAUUCAACCGGGACAAACAAUUACAAUUUGGUGUGCAAAUUCUAGUAAACAUAUAACUCCCCAACCACCAUAUGUUUUUGUUUGGAAAGAACAAAGAACAUGGGAAACAGGACCAGAAUGUCUUACUAUUUUAGCAAAACCAAAUGGACAGUCGAUAGCAUGGUUUAGAAAUUCACCUUCUGUUAAUACAGAUCAAUCAUCAAGUGAUAUUUUAUUAUUACAUUCUAAAUCUAAUCCAAGUUUUUCCGAUGUAUCCAAUACUUCAUUAAAUUCAUUUAGAAAUUCUUCACGUCUAAGUGCAAGACAAAGUCGUGUUUCAUCAUUUAAUUCAUUUGGAAAUAAUAAACCACCAUUUGCACAUUCACCUAAUAGUCCAAUUCAUCCUGAUCAUAAUGGGACAAAUAAAAAUACAUCAAAUGAUUUACGUUCACAAAUUAAUCAAAGAAUUCAAGAAAUUAAAGCUGAAGAAGGUUCACCGUUGGCUGAAUAUAUUAAUACAAUUAAUAGUUGCUUUCCAGAAGAAGUUGUCAAAUAUUAUUCACCUGGUUAUGCGGAUGAACUACUUGAACGUGUCGAAACUCAUGCCAAUAGAGCAUAA